UGCUGCAACUACGGGGUUUUUUGCUUCUUUGGAGGUGGUCAGUAGUUGUUUUCUGGGUCCCCCUGGUGCUCCCAGUGCGCAUGCCCAGUGUGGUGACGCCGCGGCUCCAUGUGUGAGAAGCGCAUUAUUUGGCAACCGGAGAAGCAGCGGGGAGGGUUGAUAAAGGGGGAUCCCCGGGAUUUUUUUUUUCCUCCACCGAAAUACGGGGGUAAAUAGUCACCCCAAGGCCGCGGAAGGCGCAGGCAAAAACACGUGCAGCGCCACCUCUACUCCGUGCUGCGAUGUCGGAGGAUGCGGUGCGCCAAACGCGCAGCCAGAAGCGGGCAAUGGAGCGGGAUGCCCUGCCUGGGGACGUCGACAGCAAGAAGGCAAAGCUGGAGAGGGGGGAGCUGGCACGGGCCGAGGCUGGCGCGGUCGAUGGGUUAAGGGUGUCCAGCAUCGUGAAGGCCACCAUCAAAGUGGAAGUGCAAAGUGGGGAUGAGCCGGUGGACAUGAGCACGUCCAAAAGUGACAUGAAGGAGAGGCGUCCGCCGUCACCAGAUGAUGUCAUUGUGCUGUCAGACAACGAGCCCUCCAGUCCACAGAUGAAUGGACUGAACCAUUGCUCCAAGGAGCUGGACACAGAGCUGCUCAUGAAGAGUAGUCCGGCUGAGCGCGAGCGCAUUAUCAAACAACUGAAGGAGGAGCUGCGGCUGGAGGAGGCCAAGCUCGUGCUGCUGAAGAAGCUGCGGCAGAGCCAGCUCCAGAAGGAAGCCCCCGUGCAGAAGCCUGUGGGAUCGUCCGGCUCUGUGGCCACCCCACCUCCGCUAGUCAGAGGCAGCAUGGCAACUGCAAAAGGACCACUGCAGGUGUCGUCAGGUCGCAGCUCCGGCACAGUCAUCCCUCCUCCGCUGGUGCGUGGUGGUCAGCAGGUCUCCUCCAAGCUGGGCUCACAGAAUGCACAGAUUGUCAUGCCACCCCUGGUCAGGGGAGCGCAGCCCAUAUCUGUGUCUCCCCAGCAGAUCCACAGCCUGCGGCAGCAACAGCAGCAGCAGCACUCUGCUUCAGGGCCCCCACCUCUGCUGCUUGCCCCCCGAGCCACGGUGCCCAAUGUGCAGGUGCAGGGCCAGAGGAUCAUCCAACAGGGCCUGAUUCGCGUGGCCAACGUCCCCAACACCAGCGUGCUGGUCAACAUCCCCCAGGCCUCUCCAACCAACCUGAAGGGCUCCUCAGUGACAUCGCAAGCUGGCCUGGGCAACAGUGUGUCCACGGUCAACGCCAAUGAUUCCCCUGCGAGUCGGCAGGCUGCCGCCAAACUCGCCCUCCGCAAGCAGCUGGAGAAGACCCUGCUUGAAAUCCCACCACCUAAGCCCCCGGCGCCCGAUCUCAACUUCCUGCCUUCAGCCGCCAACAAUGAGUUUAUCUACUUGGUGGGCCUGGAGGAGGUUGUGCAGAACCUGCUGGACACGCUAGGCAAAGGGAAGCAACUAGCCACUGCGACGACAGGAGCUGUCCCCAAGGACCCGUUCAUCUGCACCCAGUGCAAGACGGACUUCACCUCCCGUUGGAGGCAGGAGAAGAGCGGCGCCAUCAUGUGCGAAAACUGUAUGACCACAAACCAGAAGAAGUCCCUGAAGGCGGAGCACACGAGCAGGCUGAAGGCUGCCUUUGUCAAGGCUCUGCAGCAGGAGCAGGAGAUUGAACAGCGCAUGGCCUCCUCUCCUGUGUCCAAGACUCUUUCGUCGGCGACCAAGACUGAGCAGCAGGUCCUGGUGUCCCAGCAGAUGAAGCAGGCUCGCGUCUCCUCCGUCCAGCAGCAGCACAGUCGAGGAGCUCCCAUUGGCCAGCACAUCUCUGCUAUUAAACAGAGUUCGGGUCCACUGUCCCGCAGCGUCCAUGCAGUGGGGGCACGAGGGGUGCCUCCCUCAUUCACGUCAUCUGCACAGCUCCAAAGUGCGGUGACGGCCGCAGCACUGGUCAGCAGGCCAGGUAAACUUGCUGCACCUGCUGGAGGAAAGGCCAAAAGCAGCUGUAACCCUGUCGCCAGUGCCUGGGUGAAGCAGAGCACAGUCAACCCAGGAGUGACCAUGGCCUAUGUGAACCCCAGCCUUUCUGUGCACAAGACCUCCUCCACUGUGGACCGCCAGCGAGAGUAUCUCCUGGACAUGCUGCCCUCACGCUCCAUCUCCCAGACAGCCAACACGUGGAAAUAAUGCUAGUAUUCCUUAUUAUUAAUGAAAAUAAUAGUAAUAAUCAUCAUUACCAACGUAACAAUCGACAAACUCCUGGAAACCAGCCAGGGAUGAACCACCGACCAAUAAAAGUAAACCCGUCACCUUGGCUUUCCCUCUUUCUCAUCUCUCCGAGCCAUCAGUCCCUCAGGGGAGUGCUGUAACUUACGGGAUGGGAAUGUUGUUUAUACAUUGGAAGUGGACUGAGGAAAACGAGGACCUCGUGAACCCCCCCCCCCCCCCAAAAUCAUCACCUGUUCCUCCGUCAAUUGACUAGCCACCCCUUUGUCACACUUGAGGUGUGGUGUCAUCAAGGCUGCGUCACUUCUCCCUUUGGCUAUGGGGUUCUGAACCUCCUAGGGAGCCCUUCGGUUGACACAGCUUCCCAAGAUGAACGACGCGCCUUACUACACCCACUGUCUCAGCUGGGCAAACCAGGACCCCGAGGGGCCCCUCAGGCUUCAGAGGAGAUGGUCAGUGGCAGCACUGCAUGCACAGUGGAUGGGAUUUUGGUUCCAGCUUGUGGAUUCUCAGCAGAGUGCAAGAUUCCUAGAGCUUUGCAAAAUGGAAAUAUUGGGGGGGGGGGGGUUCUGUCCAUCAUGCUGUCCCUUGUGUGGAAAUGUACGGAGAAUUUCCGUUUUAUUUUACAUAAGACUGUUAGGUGUCCCCUCUGCUAUAAAAUUGUUCAUGCUUUCUCAUUUGGUUUCCCCUUCAUUUACAGCUGGACUUGAUUAUGGUUCUGGUUUAAUUCUGAAUUUGAACAGAUCAUUGGGGUUGUUUUACAUCUCCAUUUCACAGUAGGUUUAAUUUUAUUUUUCCUCUUUUAUUAUAGACUUUGAGAAAAGAAUGAAGUUAUUCUAGCUAGGAAAUCCCAAGAUUCCAACUCUUCGACUUAAGCAACCAAACUACUUGAACAGAGGGAUGAAAGGAAGAUCUUAAUUUUGCUCUGUCCCCCCCCCCAGUGUGAAGUGUCUCUAAGUUUUUUGUGUGUGUGUGUAUCUGUAAAGGGUUUCCAUUUUUCACCAUAUUUUUCUGUUACAUGUCUAGUGGCACCACUGUAGCCAACAUACUUGAUCAACAGACUGCUGGGGAGUGUUCAGAAUGUACUUCUGCAUAACGCUUACCAAGUAUGAGUUACGUUACAUUCUUCAGAUGGAAUUUUUUUUUGUGUGUGUGUGUGUGU